GUCACGAGCGCUGCCCGUGUACGUUCCAGCUGACUCUUGCUACGAUACCGAGCGCUCGCUUUACCGAGUGCACGAAAAAAGGAAAGAGAGAGAGAAAGCAACAAAGAGGGCAGAGGAAUAAUAACAGCCAUCAGUCUUAACCGUCACAGCUCAAUUGUUUAUUAUAUUCUGAAGAGAGGGGACCAUAUUUUUAUUUGCUCACGGAGUUUUUCCAUCUCUCUCGAUUCGAAUUAGUCUUACAUUAUAGUUUACUUGCAGCUUCUUGCAGACUGUUUGAGUCUGUGCCUCCAUGGACACCCGUCUAAACCAACUCAUUCGUUUUUUCGGGGAAUAUUUCUGUCCUGGACGCGAGGAGCACCAGUUAAAUGCGAUGACACACGUCAACAAAUGAACGGCGAUCCCACGGAAGGUUUACUGAAGGCGAAACCAUCGGCACAGUAUUCUUUAAAAAAAGAGCCAGUGCGUUAGAAGAGGAUGUUGAUCUUGAACUCCGCGAUGUUUCUCACUUGAGCGGACCAUAUAGGACGUCAGUUCACUUCGGUUUCCUAAUGGGAACGCAUUAGGACUUUGAAUACGAAUUUUAAAAGCUCAGAAACUUCCAAGGCGCGAGGCGUUCGUUCGACUGACAAACCUCUGUUUUUAGACCAUUUCUACUUUUGAUUGGAACACUUGAUUCAGUCAACCAGCUCAACUGUCCAGUGAUCUGAAAAAGUUAUUAACUGGUCGAACCCGGACUAGGUGUUAUACCGAGGAAUGUCCAGGCCAGUUUCUCAGCUACUGCCAGCUGACCUUCCAGCAGGGACCAGUCCACAGCUCGGUCCUGCUAACCCUGCAGGUACCACCACCAAUGGCCACCUGAAUAAUUCCAUGGCCAGUCUGAAAACCCUUCUUCAGCUACCUAUUAAAGCGGACCAGAGAGGGAAAGACUGCUGUGCUGAGAUGAAAGAUAAAGAUAAACCUCAGGACUCUGAUGAGGAUUCAUUGGGUGGAGUUGGGGGCAUGAACGGUGGGAACGGCACCCUGCGUUCCUCUAACCAGUCCACCUUCCUCGGCCCACUGCUAUGGGAGCGUUCGCUGCCGUGUGACGGUGGUCUGUUCCAGCUACAGUACAUGGACCUGGAGGAGUUCUUGACGGAGAAUGGGAUGGGGUGCAUGCCGUCAGGAAACACCUGCAGUACGGCCGCUCAGGUCCCUUCUCAGAGCACGCAGUCGGCCGUACCCAGCCAGAGCUCGCAGUGCCCACCUUCUUCCUCUCCGCCCUGCUCUUCCUCUGCCUCCUCCAUCUCUUCCCUUUCCUCAUCGUCCUCAACAUCCUCUUUACUGGGUCUGGACGUGCCGCAGGGCCCUGGACUGCUGGGAGGUCCGGAGUGUCUGCAUGGGGCUCAAACUGUACCACCUGACCCUUCUCCGAGUCCCUCCUGCCUACCUCCGCCGGUGGUGCCGCCCACCAACGUGGCUGAUGUCAUGGUGAACUUUGAUCCGGACCCCGCUGACCUCGCCCUGUCCAGUGUGCCAGGCCAGGAGGCGUUCGACCCGCGCAGGCAUUGCUUCACAGAUGAAGAGCUGAAACCUCAGCCCAUGAUCAAGAAGGCCCGCAAAAUGCUGGUGCCAAAUGAGCAGAAGGAUGACAAGUACUGGAGCCGGCGCUUUAAGAACAAUGAAGCAGCAAAACGUUCCCGUGAUGCCCGCCGUCUGAAGGAGAACCAGAUUUCAGUCCGAGCAGCGUUCCUGGAACGGGAGAAUGCCACCCUUCGCCAGGAAGUCGCUGAUAUGCGAAAAGAGCUGGGCCGCUGUCGCAACAUCAUCAGCAAAUACGAGAGCCGCCAUGGAGACUUAUGAAGAGGGGAAAGGAAGAGAAGAACAGAAGGAAGAGAAAGACACAAAAAAAAGCAUCUCAAAGGCUGUUCAACUCAUCCUGGAAUGGCAUUUUCUUGUAGAGCUUGCUUCAAAUAAGCACUACGAUACUCUGUUCACUAAUUUACGUUUCUUUCCGUACGUGCAGGGAUCGGUUGGAUUAGCUGCCGUGGUGCUUGGUUGAAACAAAUACUUGAAAAUUGUGGUUCAAAGUUGAACAGCCUCAGCCGAGGGAUGUGCACAAGGUCUACGUGUAAGCACAAGCACAUUUCAUAAGCACCGGCUCUUCUCCUACGAUACCACCCCAAACCUUGACUGAGGAUGUGCAAUCCAAACUCUCAUAAAUACUCACGGAUCGUAAAGGCAGAUCGUUUAGAACAUCAUGUAGCCCUUGUGAACAUCCUCUUUCUACACGGGAUGAUUUUCUCAGAGAGAGAACUAUAUACAGCAGGUGGUAGAGAUGUAAUUUUUUUUUCUAUGAUAAAAAGAAAAACCCCACAUUGUAUAUUUUUGAACUGUUAGGGUCAGCUGUAAUAGAGUAGAUGAAGAGGCAGAGGAAGGAAUAAGAGAGUGCAAACGAGAUUUUGACAUAGGAAAACUGUAUAUUUUUAUACUUGCACAAGCAGGCAGGCGAUGAGAUUUUGGAAAUAAUCUUUUUUGUAUAUUUUAUAUAUGGGUGGGAGGGUGCGGGUAGCUAAACCGAAAGAGGGCUAUAUGAAAAUGGAUCGUUAUCAUAAAAUGAUAUAUUUGAAACAUUCAGAGAGCAGUUAGGAAGAACAAGACUAAAGGGACGAACGUCAUUUAGAGUUACGAAGGGAAACGGAGUGGAUUAGAAACAGAGAAAAUAGCGAACAUGAAAGCUGUAUAGUUUUACAUUUUUAAUCAUGGUUUUGUUCAAGCACUUGUUUUGGUAUCUUUGAUUCCUUUUCUUAAAAUGCUGUGUGUGUGUUCGUUUUAUCUUGAGGUGAGAGAGAGAUGGAGAAAGAAAGAGAGAAAAAUGGCAUUACAUCCUGUCACUAUGUCUCAGUAGUCGCGAAAUGUGGACAAGAUUUUUCAGUGUAUAUAUUUAAAUGUUAAAGCAAAUACGUCCACCCACACACACUCUUUUUAACACAAUCUGGACAUGAGUUUUCAUGCCCGGUAUGACACACACACACACACACACACACACACACACACACACACACACACACACACACACACACACACACACACACACAUAUAUAUAUAUAUUGGUGGAAAUAUAUAUAUACAUGCACAGACAGACUCAGAACGUGAACAACAGAACUGUUAAACACAGCAAUAUCGUUUCUCUUUCUUUCUCUCUUCCUCGAGCGUUUGACGUUGUGAUCGGUGCUGGUUUGGGAUCUCACCCAGGUCGAGUCGGCAGCGAGUGGGUUGCAUGCUGGCGCAUGCUUGCGUAUUUUUCCGCCACAGGAAAAACACUCUUUGUUUUUAUGACAUUUUAUAUGGUGCUCACCCAGUCUCUUGACCCAGACGCACAUAACCCACCAGUUAUACCCUGUAUGCCUAUAACCUUUGCUCUCUUAUGAUUUCUUAUGAUUGUUAUUGAUCAUUGUAUGAGGGAAUAUAUAUAUAUAUAUAUAUAUAUAUAUAUAUAUAUAUAUAUAUAUAUAUAUAUAUAUAUAUAUAUACCUAUAAGAGUAUAUCUAUACAUUUCCUCAAAAUUAACCCCACACCUCCCCAAAAAACAUGCACCCUAAUACUACUGUACCAUACAAAGUACAAUAUUAUAUUAUAUAUUAAAUAUUAAACUAUUCUCUGACUAGAUAUAUGUGUGUACAUGAGUAUAUGCUUGAAUUUGUGACUAUAGAUGUUAUUUGCAUAACUUGAAUAUAUAAAUGUAGUAUCUUUCUUAUACAACAGACAGAUCUGAUUUCUUAUCCGUUUUCUCAGGUGUCUGGGAUGACUCUAAAAGAACAUACACCACGCUGAUCAGCGAUACUGUGGCUUUUAUUGAUUGACUGUUGUCCAGUUUUAUGGAGCCAGCUAAUGGUGGCGUCAUAAUUCCAUGGAAAUGAAUAGUGCACUAUCUAAUAUUUUUGGAGGAAGAUUCUGUAAAAAAAUAAAUAAAAUAAAAAACACAGAAAGAAAAGGAAAAAAAACCUGUGCUGGAUAUAUAACUUUAUUACUUUACAGAUAGGAAUUAAAUGUCUUUUCCUUUUGAACCUUGUUGCUCUAUUAUUACGAUUGCUUGCAUUAUCAUUGCUGUUGUUAUGAUUAUAAUUCUCACAUUUAUUUUCAGCGUUUUCUUGCAACAACUUCCUUUUCGAUGGAAAUGUAUUGCUCUCUUACCUCCCUUGUAACUGCAAGACCAUGUUGAAUUACUCAGUCGAGCCUGUUCACUGUUGGACCCAUCCACCGAGACUGUGCUAGGCCUUAAGUGCAAUGAGACGGAGGGGCCGAAAUCUUGUCCUCGUGUGUAUGAAUUUGAUAUAACCUGAAACAAACAAAUGGUAGACUGACUUUUCCUUUCUCUCGACAGAACUUCUUCUUCUACCACCUUUGACUCGCUACUUUUUGAUGCAAUGUCAAAGACAUACAGUUUGUUUAAAAGAAGCUUAAAGCAAGUGAAGGCUGAAACCUUAAAGAGCUUAAAAACUUUUGACAGUGCUAUUUUUCUAUGUAACUGUGUGCACAUACUCUUUCAUGGGCAUUGGUAGCCCCGUCGUCACUUUAGUGGUGACGGUGUGCUGCUAAAUGUUAUUGCGGGUAUUGUAUUCAUCAUUUUAUCCCUUUCCACAUGUGGAUUAUGAACAGCUCCCUGUUUGUGACUGUUAAGAACUAUGAAUCUUAUGAGUACACCACUACCAAACAUCACUUGGUGAUGUCUACUGUUCCUGCCUAUAGGGAUGCUGGGAAAAGUGGUCUGGCUUCCCUCCCAAAACACCAAUAAAUAAUUACCCCUGUUCACUGACAAUGAA